AUGUCGGACCUCGUCCGCGACUCUCGGCUCAAGACCUUCUUUCCGCCAGACCCCCGGCAAGGCGAGGUGCCCAUCCUGACAGCACGCGUGUUCGAAGAGUCUGGACAGAACCCUCACGAACGACUUGUCCAGCGGAAAGAGGUAUGGAAGCGGGAGCGCUUCAUUGCCCGCGGGGCGUAUGGGAGUGUGUGGUUAGAGAAGUGUGUGAAGGGCGCCAGAGCCCAAGAAACACGGGCCGUCAAACAGAUCAUGCGAUCACCUCAGCGGGCUUUAGGCUCUAAGAAGGUGCUCGAUUAUGAUACAGAACUCGAGAAUUUUGCGAAGUUCUCACAUCGGAAUGCAUGUGCAUACAAUCGAUGUUUCGUUCAAUCCUUCGGCUGGUAUGAAUGGGAGAACGCGCUCCUCAUAGCUAUGGAGUAUCUACCGCUCGGUGACAUGCAAGAUUAUCUUUUGGAAUCCUCCCGGCUUUCUGAGCCAGAAGGGCAGCAAGUCACCUCUCAGCUGCUCGAAGGCCUCUUAUUUAUGCAUCGGAAUGGUUUCAUGCACCGAGAUCUGAAGCCAAAGAACAUUUUGAUCCGAUCGAAACCUCCUCAGCCAUGGUGGGUAAAGAUUGGAGACUUUGGCAUCAGUCGACGAGCCGAUACCGAGUUCUCUGCCACAACAGCCAUCCAAGGGACAAUGGGUUUCUUAGCACCGGAACUGCAUGGACUCGUUCAACCAAGUAGUGGUCGGGGUCGUCACAUCCUUGGAGCUUCCGACAUGUGGGCUCUCGGCGAGACAGUGUUCAGGCUACUGACCAGUGCAGCCUCAUUUCCUACGUUGAGGGAAUUGAUAUCCUAUGCUCGGGAAGAAACGCCUUUUCCCGCCAAACCCCUCCUGGAAUGCGGCAUUAGCGAGGCCGGUAUCUCGUUCGUACGUGAGCUUUUAGUUGUGGACCCCAGGAAGAGAGCGACGGCUGAUUCUAGAUUGGAACAUGAAUGGAUUUUGUCGCAAGGAGCUUCGAUGGAGGUAUCCAGACCGCCUUCCCUGUUGUUUUCUGGACUUGCCACGUAA